AUGGCAAACACCAAGACUCCCCACGACCUCAAUUGCCUAACCAUCAGCGAGCUCGAAAAGCUCGCUGCCGAACGCAUGGACAAACAAACUCGCGACUACUACAAUGAAGGCGCAGACUCCGGUUCCACACUCCUUGAAAAUAUCACUGCAUACCAAAAAUACCGCAUUCGACCACGCGUCCUGCGUGACAUCUCAUCUAUCGAUACCAGCGUCAACAUCUUCGGACAUGAGAAUAGCAUUCCCCUCGGCGUCGCACCAACAGCCAUGCAAUGUCUCGCGCACGGCGACGGCGAACUAGCAACAGCGCGCGCAUGCAAGAACAUGGAUAUUGUAAUGGGACUAAGCAGCUUCAGCACAACGACUCUCGAAGAUGUGAAGAGCGAAUUGGGAUCCCACCCCGGUGCACUCCAACUGUAUCUCUUCGAAGACCGACCGAAAAGCCAGAAACUAAUCCAGCGCGCGAAGAAAGCAGGCUACAAGGCUGUGAUGCUAACCGUCGACACCCCUGUCCUCGGUCGGCGGAACCUAGAAAUCAGGAACCAAUUCACUCUCCCCAAGCACCUCAAGAUAGCAAACUUCGCCCAUGAUGAACACGACAACGAGGCCGUCGAUUUGGAGGAGAAAGAUACAACAUCCACGAUGACAGAGGAAACGAACCACCGCACACCACCCCAAGGCCCCAUAACAUUCCAUACCCACGCCCCCAACCCGACACUCUGCUGGGACCGCGACAUAUCCUGGCUAAAGUCGCAAUGCGGCCCUGAAAUGCAAGUCUGGCUCAAAGGCAUCGCCACCGCCGAAGACGCGCUGCUAGCUUGCCACCACGGCGUCGACGGUAUCGUUGUUUCGAACCACGGGGGUCGGCAGCUCAACGGCGCGCUCGCUACCAUCGACGCGUUACCCGAGGUAGUCGCUGCUGUGCGGUCACAUACGGGCAAGAAGGUGCCUGUCCAUGUUGAUGGUGGUAUUCGACAUGGGACAGAUAUUUUCAAGGCGCUGGCGCUGGGCGCGGACUUUGUGUGGGUGGGGAGGCCGGUGCUGUGGGGGUUGGCUUAUAAAGGGCAGGAGGGGGUGGAAUUGGCGUUGAGGUUGCUAGCGGAUGAGUUUAGACUUUGUAUGGGGCUUGCGGGUGUGACUAGGGUGGAGGAUAUUGGGAAGGAGUAUUUGAUUAAGAUGGAUCGGAGUGGGUUUGUUAGUCGGUUGUGA